AUUCAUCCCUCCAAGCCAAUUCCCCCAACAUCCAAGGAUUCCUUCACCCAAACGAGAAGGAAUCCAAGUGCUGCGGGCGCAGGCCAAGACGGACUCGGUUCGGUUCCCGGUUCCCAGCCGGGGCAGAACAAACGACCAAUGCCUGGUCUCAAAACACAUUAAGAAUCUGGGGUCUGGCCUGGAGGGGAGAGGUCCCAUGACUCUAUAUUCUGAUACCUGGAUAAUAUGUUCUUGUUAGUUUGGAUAUGGACAAGACACAGUCCGUCGUGAUCGUGGGAGCCGGCGUGUUUGGCCUCUCCACGGCCCUGCACCUGGCCGAAGAUGGCUUCUCCUCGAUUACAGUGAUGGAUCGGUCCAUGCCGCCCGUCCCCGAUGGUUCGAGCAACGACAUCUCGCGCGUUAUUCGCUUCGACUAUGGCGAUCCCGUCUAUGCAAAGAUGGGCCGUGAUGCCUACGAGCUUUGGAAUACCAGUCCCGACUAUGCGGACUCCUUCCAUCGCACCCCAUGUGUCUGGACGGCGCAACAGUCAGGACCUGCCAGUCUCGUCUCGGCGGGCGGAUCCGACUUCAUACGCAAGACCAAGAAGAUCCUCACGGAUAUGGGCUGCGAAUGGCACCCCCUUGAUAGUGUGGCCGCCAUGAAAGCUCGUUUUCCCACAGUGUCGGGCACUCCCAUCGGAGCAGGCUUCGAGGGAUUCUACAACAACGCCGCUGGAUGGGCUGAUGCCGGCCUUGCCAUUACCGGCCUGCGCGAUCGCUGCAUCCGCGCGGGGGUCUCCUUUGUUACCGGUCGCCAUGGACAUGUAACAAGCCUGGAGCAAGGGUCGGAUGGCCGAGUGACUGCCGUGCGAACGAUCGAUGGCGGGCGCAUCACUGCCGAUCAGUUCAUCCUGGCCACAGGCGCAUGGACUGCCAGUUUGGUGCCCUCAUGGAACACCAUGGUGGCCACCGCGCAGAUCGUCGGAUUUGUGCGCCUCACACCGGAGGAGGUCCAGCGUCUGAAAGACCUGCCCAUCUUCUUCAAUCUGUCUACGGGAUUCUUCAGCUUCCCGCCCCAUGAGCAGACCGGAUACCUGAAGGUGGCAUGUCACAGUUUCGGCUACACCUUGUCCUCAUCCAACAUCUCUUCCCCACCCAGCGAAGCCAUUUCACAGCGUGCGAACUUCAUCCCGGAGGAAGGCCGGCAACGCCUGCUGGCCGGACUGGGGGAGAUUCUACCCGAGCUAGUGUCGCGGGGAUUUGAGAAGACGUGUCUCUGUUGGUACAACGAGACCCCGACGGGCGACUUUAUCUUUGACCGCCAUCCCGCACACCAAAACGUGUUUGUCGCGACCGGUGGUACGGGACAUGCAUACAAAUUCCUUCCUGUAAUCGGCGCAUAUAUUGCCAAGGCCUUCCAAGGCCAGCUGCCCGCCGACCUGGCGGAACGGUGGAAGUUCCACACCGACUACCGGUCGCUGGCGCGAGAUGACUUGUUCACGGGGGCCAGCGCUCGCGGUGGCGGCGAUGGCAGUCGGGGAGGCCCUGGUCGCCGGGAGUUUACGGCGCAGGAGCGAGACAGUCUCUUGACCUUGACGAAUGCUCUGACCCGGAGGCCGGCCAAGAUAUAGAUGACCAGCAUUCUAGGUUAUGUUCUAGGUUAGUAUGUACAUAGAGCGGGUUGUGGGAUUUUAGCUUAUGGUGUCCGGCGUGGUUGAAGUACCUGAUCUAUUGUAUCUAUUGGGU